AUGGCUGAGUGUCACUCUACAACGACUCCCAUUGACACUCAUGCCAAGCUUUCGGCACACAACGGUGCCAAGCUCCAGGACAGCUCUGAGUAUCGGAGUCUUGCUGGGGUUCUUCAGUACCUCACUCUGACUCGACCUGACCUGGCGUAUGCGGUUCAGGAAGUGUGCCUCUUCAUGCAUUACCAGCGCGAGCCCCAUAUGGCCCUGAUCAAUCGCAUCCUGCGCUAUGUGAAGGGCACGCUCUCCUCCGGGCUUCACAUCGGCACCGGCCCUGUUCAGUCUCUGACUGCCUACUCCGACGCCGACUGGGCUGGCUACCCGGACUCUAGAUGCUCCACCUCCAACUUCUGCGUCUACCUCGGCGACAAUCUGGUGUCUUGGUCCUCCAAGCACCAGACCAUGGUGUCUUGUUCCUGUGCUGAGGCGGAGUACCGGGCUGUGGCUCAUGCUGUGGCAGAAUAUUGCUGGCUUCGUUAA